AUGCCUCAUUCGGAGCCAGCAGAAGGACCUCUGGUCAAGCGACAAAAGCGCGAUGUCGCUCCCAAGGCCUCUUCGGCUUUGCGCCAGUCCUCACGCAUCUUCGCUCCCUUUCGCACCGUCGGCCUGGUGUCUCCCACAAACACGCCGUUUACAUCGAUCCCCAUGGGAAAGACGACUUUCCAAAUCACUACCUCUGUCGGCCGAGCCUUGCAGACAUACGACCUCAAGAGAGGUCUCAACCUGAUUUUCGUCACUCGCCCCCAGACCCCCGCCGAUAUUACCGCCACGCUCGCUUGGAAGGACAAGGUUUUCGCAGCUUGGGGCGAUGGAAGGACCGGUGAGAAGCAGGGUCUUUGGGCCUACAAGCGAGGCAAGAAGGUCGACGAGCUCGAGGUUCCUGCCGACCUGAACGAGCCCAUUCAGAAGAUCCUGAUCUUCGGCUCGUGGAUUGUUGGAUGCGCCUUGACGAGGCUCGAGGUUUGGAAGUCGGAAACCAUGGAGCACUACACUACCCUCCACACCAUGGCCAGUGCCAACGGUGGCAACGAAAUCACGGGCGGCGUCACCAACAUGCCCACGUAUCUGAACAAGGUCUUCGUCGGCCGAAAGGACGGCUGGGUCGAGAUCUGGAACGUCAGCACCGGCAAGCUGAUCUACACCGUUCUCCCCCCCAGCCCGGAAUGUGGUGCCGUCACCUGCCUCGAGCCCUCUCCCGCGCUUUCUCUCCUUGCGAUCGCCUACGCCAAUGGCACGUUGGUCAUCCAGAAUAUCCUGACCGACAAGCCCAUCAUUCAGCUCAAGGCUGGUCACGAAGACGAGCCGGUCACGUCAAUCUCCUUCAGAACCGACGGCAUGGGAGCAGGCCAUGACGGCAGGAAAGAUGGUGUCAUGGCUACUGCGACGGCCGCGACUGGAGACGUCACAUUUUGGGAUCUGAACAACGGAGGCCGUGUCAUGGGUGUCUUGCGGAGCGCCCACAACCCGCCAUCUGAGGACGGACCUCUUGUUCGUGGAGGCAUCAGCAAGAUCGAGUUCCUGCCCGGCCAGCCGGUCGUUGUCACCAGCGGACGCGACAACGCUUUGAAGACCUGGAUCUUCGAUGAGACCCCCUUCUCAGCCGUCCCCCGCAUCUUGCACCAACGCAGCGGACACGCCGCUCCCGUCAAAUGUUUGCAGUUCUUGCCCUCAGACUUUGACGGCGCCGACGCCGGCAACAAGUGGCUUCUCAGCGGUGGUCAGGAUCGCAGUCUAUGGGGAUGGAGUAUGCGUCGCGACGGUCAAAGCACCGAGCUCAGUCAAGGAAACAUCCGCAAGCAGGCGAAGAAGGCCGGUAUCCUGUCUUCAAAGGCUCUUGCGCGAGGACCCACUACGACUCUCGAGGACCUCAAGGCUCCCGAGAUCACGGCCAUCGCCAGCUCUCUGAACCGCGACGGUGGCAUCGGUGCUUUGCCCGGCAACCACCCGAUCUGGCAGAAGCGCAGGGAUAACAAGAAGCAGCAGGAUGCCGAGGUCAGUGGCAUGACCGGCUGGGAGAGUGUUGUCACCGCACACAAGGACGACGCCUGGGCGCGAACCUGGUUCUGGGGUCGCAAGAAGGCUGGCCGUUGGGCAUUCCCCACAGGCGACGGUUCCAACGUGUCUACUAUCGCGAUGAGCCCGUGUGGUACCUUUGCCUUGGUUGGUUCAGUGGAGGGUGGUGUCGACAUGUACAACUUGCAGUCCGGACUUCACCGCCAGCGGUUCCCUUCCAAACUCACUCCUGCGCAGGCCAGGCAAAUGAAGCUGCAGCAACUGAAGCAGGCGGACAACAUCGUCCAGCUUCAGACCGAGGUGGACAGCGGUUUCGCCCCGGGCACCGGCAGGCAUACGAAGGCCGUAACCGGCAUCGUCGUCGACAACCUGAACAAGAACGUCAUCACGUGCUCGCUGGAUGGCAAGGUCAAGUUCUGGGACUUCCUCACAGGCAAGCUGCUGCACCAAAUCAACUGGGCCCCGAUGGCCGCCAUCACGGGGUGCAGGUACCACGCCGCGAACGAUCUGAUGGCCUUCGCCUGUGAUGACAACUCCGUCCGCGUCGUUGACCUCGAAACCAAGAGAACCAUCAGAGAGUUCUGGGGCUGCCAGGGCGCCAUCAACGACUUCUGCUUCUCCAACGACGGCCGCUGGAUCAUCGCGGCCUCCCAGGACUGCGUCGUUAGGAUAUGGGACCUCCCGACCAGCCACCUCAUCGACGCCAUCCGCCUCGAGAAACCCUGCACCGCGCUCGCCAUGUCCUCCUCCGGCGAGUACCUCGCUGCCACGGUCGAGAACGAGCUCGGCGUCGCCAUCUGGACCAACAAGUCCCUCUUCACACACGUCUCGACGCGCCAGAUCUCAGACAAGGAGGCUGCGGUGCUCUCCUGCCCCACAACGUCCGGCGAAGGCAACGAGGGCCUGUUGGAGGCCGCCUUCGAGGACGACGCCGGCGCCGAGGACGAGACUGUCGUCGCGCCCAGCGUCGACCAGCUCAGCGCCGACCUCACGACGCUCAGUCUGGUGCCCAAGAGCCGCUGGCAGACCCUGCUCCAUCUGGACCUCAUCAAGCAGCGCAACAAGCCGACAGAGGCGCCCAAGGCCCCGGAAAAGGCGCCGUUCUUUUUGCCGUCCGUCGGCGCUGGCAAGCAGGCUGCCAACCAGAUCGAGGGCGCCGCCCCUGACGCCGAGGGCGCGAAAUCAAAAUCACGCAUCACCAAGCUGGAACGUGGCCGGCUGCAGGAAGUGUUUACCAGCAAGCUGAUCGACGGUGCCGCUUCAGGCGACUUCGACGACUUCAUCACCCACCUCAAGACCCUCUCCCCUUCCACAGCCGAUCUCGAGCUCCGCUCCCUCAGCCCUGAGGACGGUGGUCUCCUGAACUUCAUCCGCGCGCUGACGAGUCGCCUCGCGGCCCGUCGCGACUACGAGCUUGUGCAGGCGUGGAUGACGGUGUUUUUGAGGCUGCACUUCGACUUGGUCAUGGCCGACCCUGCGCUCCUCGAGGCACUGGGCGAGUGGAAGGCUCUGCAGGAGAAGGAGGCCGGUCGCCUUGAUGACCUUGUUGGAUACUGCAGCGGUGUCGUUUCCUUCCUCAGGAGUCCCCGGACAUGA